CACAAGUUGUAAGGACAACACAGCACAGAGUUGGUGUUAGAACUUUGGUCAUCGGUCUACGCUCUAAUAUAAGUAACAGCCCGGGGUUCACGUGAUCCAGUGCUACAGGUCAAGGAGGCUCGUUGGUCAAAAUCUGCUUCAAUUCCGUUCACAAUUAUUUGGAACACUUGAAGACCGGCUCAGCGAUGUUUUGUCGCGCCUUAUUCAAAUCUCCCAAAUCAUUGUUUACGAUUGGAUGUACUGUGAUGUCUUCAUCCCACAAGUCUUGGAAUUCAAUAUAUGAAUUUACUGUUAAAGAUAUCAAUGGUGUGGAUGUCUCCUUAGAGAAAUACCGUGGUCACGUUUGUCUAAUUGUUAACGUCGCUUGUAAGUGAGGCGCAACGGACAAGAACUAUCGCCAACUCCAGGAGAUGCACACUCGACUGGUUGGCAAAGGCCUCCGUAUAUUAGCGUUCCCUUGCAACCAAUUCGGCGGACAGGAACCCUGGGCGGAAGCGGAGAUUAAGAAGUUUGUGACUGAAAAGUAUGGCGUCCAAUUCGAUAUGUUUUCCAAGAUAAAAGUCAAUGGGUCUGACGCUGAUGAUCUCUAUAAAUUUCUUAAAAGUAGACUACAUGGUACCCUAACAAAUGAUAUUAAAUGGAACUUCUCUAAAUUCCUUAUAGAUCGUCAAGGCCAACCGGUUAAAAGAUAUUCUCCUACAACUGCCCCAAAUGAUAUUGUAGGAGAUAUCAUGGAGCUUUUGGAAAAGAAGUGAUCAAUGGAACUUUUGAGCUUUGAACAAAUUCUCGCUAUAUGACGAUGGCAAUCUCAAAUGUUCACUGAUUGCCAUUUGAUGAAAUCAGUUUUGUGUGCACCUGAUUGCAGAAUUUUGUUUACCUUGCUCAUAUUUUUCAUUGAAACUACUUCUCAGAAUAAAUGUGUUAUCUAUAAUUGAAUGACUUGUACUUCACUGGACUUACUUACGAGUUAACUGAAAUACUUCUCAUCGCACUUACCAAGCAAUUCUAUUUCAGAAGUAAACAAUAGCGGUUGGGCUGUUAAAGAAGCCGGUGCAUGUUUGCGUUGUUUUCUUGUAAGCGCUUAUUAUUAAUAAGAAAUAUCAGCCCUGUGGUAUGACAUAGUCUAUCCAAUUUACCCAUCUGAUCUUAGUGUAAGCUCUUUUUCUGAAUGGGUCUUUAAACUGGCCUAACAAUCUAAGGGUUCGUGCAAAGUAUCUGAGAGAUAUACUUCCGUUUGCAAUGUUAAAUGCGGAUAUCCGUCCUAACAAUUGGUCUGAAACUUUAUUUUGCUACUUUUAUUUAACCGCAUAUCAAAAGACGUUGAUUACACCAAGAGAAAUGAAUUUCGAAUAUCACUAAGAACUCCACCGUCUAACUGUGCGUUGAAGGGCAGGCUACCCAAAUAUUGUCAGAUUUAAGGCCGUGAACAUGAUACGAUCUUUGUACUAUCAAAGUGGUUGUUAUCGUUAUUACGAAGAAGACAAAAGCCUGUAUCUACACAGGUGUUCGUUUUGGGAAUGGUGAUAUGACACGAAACCGACUUCGGGACGGCAAAUGUUCAGGUUGUAUUAAUUUACAGCACAGUUGUGGAGUCAACGCAGUCGCCAAAUUGAAGAUUUUCGACAGCCAUGUCCAUUUAUUGUUGUUUCUGAAUGACUGCUUGGAUUCGACAGCAUUGCAGUCCGAGCAACCAAAUGCCUGGGAACAUGAUACUGUGCACUAUUUGUGAUCUGUUAUUAGUCGGAACACUCGUGUCUCCGGAUGGUGGGUGAAUUAGUGCCGACGGUGACAUGGCUGAUAAGGUCGACCUGUGUGUAUAUUGAAUAUCAGAUCAGUUUGUGUCAACCUAUGGCACCGGCGCCUUCAUGAUGUUAGUCUGGUUGUAAAAUGUCGGGUUCAAAACAUCGAUGGGAUCAGUCUCGAUGUAUGGUUUUUAAGCCUGACCCCUCCGAUUUGGUAUCAGAUAACUCUGUAUGCGGUCAUAGUUGUCUGAUGGAUUGCUGACACUCAGUAGCAAUACCAUGUCGGUGAUGUGGAGGUUCGACGAAGUCUAACUGGGUACCCGGUUACAUAAUUCAGUCGGAGUCACCAUGUAGAGGAAAAGGUUCCGAUAGCUCGGACAUGUGCUACAAAUGCUGUCUCAGCUAUUUCCAUAUUGUGCUUUAUUUGCUGAGGCUGAGACCUAUUAGAAAAGCGGAUAUGGAGCCCGGCUAUGAAAAAAAGCUAUAUAAGACUGGCAUCUGCUGAUCCAUUCACAAAUUCCUGGUUGGGAUUCCUGAUGUGAUACAACUCUGGCUUGAGGUGCUGUCAGACAUGACAACCACUUCUGCUGAUGAGGUCAAUAGAAGUUAUCAAUGCACAAUUAUGGUUAAAUUGGGUUAUUACGUUCCCUGGACUUCACUUAUCAGCAGCACUUAAUUCAAAUAAGGCGACAUUUCUAAAGGGUUCAAAACCACAGGUUGUUGUUUAGGUGUCAAUGUCAAGGUUGGACUUGAUAGUUUCAAGUAAAUACAGCAUUGAGUAGAAAGUUAAUAAUAAAUAUGUUUUUUGUUAUUUCCAAAUGAGUAGAAAACUGUAUUUCCGACGUUUCGUGACUUAAUAUUAAUCCACUUCUUCAGAGUAAAUAACCAACCGAAAAAAGAUUGACACAACUUUAAAUAAUACAAAGGAAAUAACCCCAUUUACUGUUUAAACUUGUGUUAAUUGCAUUUCGGUUAUUUAUUUACUGUGAAGAAGUGGCUUACAUUAGAUCACGAAACGUCAAAAAUACAAUUCUCUACUCAUUGGGAUAUUCACAAGAAAUAUACCUAUUAUUUAGAGGUUAUUUUUUUGUUUGAGUAAUUCUUUUUGUAUUUUAGAGAAUAAUUUUCUUAGUUAUUCUUGGACGUAUUAAUAAUAAAUUGAAGUACAUAUUAUUUUAUCUGCAUGCUCCAAUGACCUCGGCUUUUCAUUGUGUAAAAAAAGAAAACAAACUAACUAUGUGUACUUAUAUUUACAGAGUAAACACAAGUCUUCAUUAUUGAUUUGUUAAGUAUAAAUAUUAUGUACUUUUUAAUUAGAUAAAACUAUUUUUAUGCAC